AUGCCUCAAGGGACCCCGGCUGUGGGUGCUGUCAUGGAACAACCCAUCGACGGGCACUCGGAAUGUGGCAGCAUGCGGAUCAGUGAGUCCGAGCUUCGGUAUGUUGGUGGUGAUCAUUGGGCGGCUAUUCUCGAUGGGAUCGCGGAUUUAAAGGACCACUUUGAUCGUGACGAGCAACUCCGACUAGCCAAUACCCCAGAUCGGCUCGCAGAUGAGCCAGGGCAUGACCUUUCUCGACCCAGGUCCGGGUAUGCGCUACUCCUAUAUGGGUGCCGCAGGACGGCAUCUCGCGGCGAUAUUUUGGCUGCUUUGCCCCCGAAGGCUGCUGUUGAUCGCUACAUAUCUCGCUAUUUUAACUAUCUAGAUCUCGUUUCCUCUUCAGUCGUUCAUGGCCUAAGCUUUUUAAGAGAGUAUGAGGCAUUUUGGACGGAUCCAUCCAGCGUGCCAAUCAUGUGGGUUGGUCUUCUUUUCAGCAUGAUCUGUCUUGCUUGCUUGACUGCGGAUGCAAUAGAUACCGAAGUCGAACAUCUGUCACUUCAGAUUGAGCUUUAUCGAGAGAAGAUCGUCCAGUGCCUAGUGCUGGGCGAGUAUACUAGAGCGGGACCGUACGUCUUGCAAACGGUCAUUAACUACGUCUAUGUUGAGUUUUGUCUCCGUGCCGACGCGGAUCAAGAUACCUGGUAUCUGCUGGCGUUGGAAGUAAACCUUGCCAUGCGGAUGGGCUACCAUCGCGAUCCCAGUCAUUUCCCGGGCAUUUCCCCCUUCCAGGGAGAGAUGCGUCGCCGACUGUGGGCGACAGUCUUGAUGGGCGAUAUACUUGUGUCAAACCAAAUGGGCAUGCCACGCAUGAUCUCCGAUUUAAAAUGUGACACAGUGGAACCGCGGAAUUUGAACGACACGGAUUUUGACGAACAGUCGACCGAACUUCCUCCGUCGCGUCCCUUGACUGAAAAUACCAAUUCCUUAGGUCUGAUCGCACGAAGACGCAUCCUGGCAGCGCUGGGAACAGUGGUCGAUCUCGCAGAUGCGGUUGAACCAUGUAGUUAUACAGAAGUGAUGCGCGUCGACGGCAUAUUCCAAGAAGCAGCAGCCAGUAUUCCGCCCCCCUUGCAGAUGAAGUCCAUGGCUACGAGUGUGACGGAUACUCCGCAGAUUAUCAUGUCGCGUUUAUUCUUAGGUCAUAUGGUCUACAAGGGGCUGAUUUUGCUUCAUCGCCGAUUUCUAUAUACAACUUCGGCCAAUACACAUUAUGAUUCAAUGAGCUACUCGCAGAAAGCCUGCUUGGAUGCUUCGCUAGGUAUGCUGAAUAUCCAACAUGUGCUUGAUGAGGAAACAUGUCCAGGUGGGCAGCUUUAUACCAUGAGAUUUCGAGUGACGUCCAUCAUGAACCAUCAGUUCCUCACGGCUACUAUGGUACUCAGUUCCAUGCUCCAUCGUGGGAAGACACUACAGCGAGAACAAGAUAUACGGGCGGCCCUUCAGCUUUCCAGGUCCAUUUGGAUGCGAAGAAGUCCCACUUCCAAAGAGGCAACGAAAGCGGCUGAAAUUGUUAGUUUCGUUCUCGCCAAGGCCGGCGAUGGUCGCAACCCUAGCCUCACGACUAACCAAGAGAUGUCUCACGAUGUGCAAGACAAUGUUCAAACAAACGCAUCUCAGGGAAAUGGCGCCAAAGGCACAGGUCAAAAUCUGGACGAAGGACUGCUGUUCCCCGACAACAUGAAUUUAUUUGAUCCCGACCCUUUUGUCAUGACUGGUUCCCUCGGGAUGUUUACAUCGCCCGGCCAGCAAGAUCAAUACUUCGGGGCAAAUUUCAAUGGGAUCGACAGGCCACCUGACGAGUGGAUGGUGAUGGAUUUGCCUAGUCCAGCAUGA